AUGAAGAACACCUCUUGUCCUCGUGUCAACUUUGACUUUACAGGCAGAUUUCUGCCUCCUGUUUACAUCUUAGUCUUCGUCAUUGGUCUGGUAGCUAACGGAUGGGGACUGAAGUCUUUGCUGCACAACUGGAAGAAGCUAAAAAUCAUCAAUGUUUUUGUUCUCAACCUUGGACUUGCUGAUAUUUUGUACCUGCUCACUCUCCCGUUUUUGAUGGUGUACUACUUUAUGGGAAGGCAAUGGAUCUUUGGAGACGCAUUCUGUAAGAUAACAAGAUUCUGCUUCUACCUGAAUCUCUAUGGCAGCAUCGGCUUCCUUACUUGUAUAAGUGUGUACAGGUAUCUGGCUGUUGUCCAUGCAGUUCGAGUGAUGGGAAGAUUAACUCUGACUCACUCUGUGGGGAUCUCAGUCAUGGUUUGGCUUUUCAUGGGCAUUCAAAGUCUCCCUGACAUGCUCUACAGCAAAACAUAUGGAAACAACACUGGCAAAUGUUACGAUACCACCAAAAACUUCUAUGUUGAGAGUUACCUGAAAUACAGCCUUGGACGGACGCUCACUGGCUUUUGUAUCCCAUUCCUCAUCACACUGGGCUGCUAUGGACAUGUGAUUGUUGUUCUCUGCCGCACAAAUACCACUGACAAGGUACUGAAACAGAGAAGUUACAAGUUAUUGCUCAUCUUGAUUCUUCUCUUCUCUGUUUGUUACAUCCCCUAUCAUGCAUUCAAGAAUUUCAACCUUAUGGCAAGAGUUUUGACAAGUCAAGGUGUUUGCCCUGAAUGGUCCAGUGGAGUCUACAUUGCUUAUCAGAUAAGCCGCGGCCUUGUGUGUCUGAACAGCGCUCUCAACCCUCUGGUUUACCUCCAUGGAAAUGAAGAAAUUCCCGCUCAGUUCGGACAGCUGCUCCAACAAGCUCGUCAGAUGUUCAGCCAUCCACCUCCAACAAACUCUGGCAGUAUGCCCAUGGCACAAAUCACAGAGGAAGUUUAA